UGCCCUUAUUCUUUUGGUUAGGGUUUGUUUGUCCAUGUCCGAAGCCCAGAAUCGAAAUCAUCUCUUCUCCAAAUCCUUCAACUGCAGAUUACAGCGUGACAGAGCUGCGAACGAGAAAAAAUGGCGAUGAAACAAUUAGCAUGCAAAUGCCGGCUCAAACAUCUAUUCAAUUAUCCUCGGUCUUUUAUGACACUCUUGUCCCAAUCGCAUUCCACACUUAACAAAACCAGUUUCUGCGAUUUAUAUUUAUGCAAGACUCUUGACGGAUUCGUGCCUGUUGCUGUCGAGCAACGUUGGCAGUAUGAAAUGGGGGCACGGAGGCUUAAUCUUGGAGGGGUUCUGUGGGUUCAUUCGAGCCGGGUUUCCAGGAAUAUGGAUCAAAUGGUAGAACAGAGUGGAAAAAGUUCUGCUUUGGGUGAUGGGUCGAGUGAAGUUAAAAGGAAGGAGAGGAAAAAGCUCAAGGGAAAGAGAGCAGUGGUGAGGUGGUUGAAGUUUUUUAGGUAUAAGAAGAAGAAAGAAUAUGAAAGAAUGACACAGGACGAGAAAAUUCUAUACAAAUUGAGUAAGGCUCGGAAAAAAGAGGAAAGACUUCUUGAAGCACUGAAGAAAAUUGAGCCUAAAGAGUCCUCUGAAACUACCCAUGACCCUGAGAUUUUGACCCCCGAAGAACACUUCUACUUUCUUAAGAUGGGCGAGAAGUGCAAGAAUUAUGUACCAGUUGGAAGGCGUGGAAUAUACCAGGGUGUGAUUUUGAACAUGCACUUGCACUGGAAGAAGCACCAGACCCUAAAAGUUAUUGUGAAGACAUUUUCACCAGGCGAGGUGAAGGAGAUUGCUGCUGAGUUGGCAAGAUUGAGUGGUGGGAUUGUGCUUGAUAUACAGGAAGAUGACACUAUUAUUAUGUACAGAGGGAAGAAUUACUCUCAGCCUCCAACUGAGAUAAUGUCGCCAAGGACAACUCUCUCUAGGAAGAAGGCUUUAGACAAAUCCAAAUAUCGGGAUGCACUAAGAGCUGUUAAGAAAUAUAUUCCAAGACUUGAGCAAGAACUAGAGCUACUUCGAGCUCAGGCCGAAUGUAAAACUGAUGCUACUGAAGAAAAACAAUUAAGCAAUGCUGAUAAUCUUGAGUCAAGAUUCCUUCCUAAUCAGCAAUUUGAGGGGUCUGAUAAGCUGAAGGAGAUACUGGCUAAAAGUGAUGAACCUAAUGAUGGUGAUUCUACAAUGGAUUCAGAUAUGGGUUCGGAUUCUGAAGCUUUGUCAGACAUUUUUGAGACAGAAUCAGACACUGAGAAUGAGGAGGAGUCAGAAAAACCCCUUUAUCUGGAUGUGUUUGAAAAGUUUCCUGUACGUAGUGACGGAGAAGUAGAAGAUUUUGAAGAACAUCUGCGUCAAAUAUCUGCUGACUCCAGAAAAGACAAAUCAUUGGGAGACAACUUAGACUUACAGGAUCUAGAUGAGGUUGAUAGAUUGGUUUUGCAAGCUGCUUCACUUUUGAAGAAAAAGAGACGAUAGGAAGUUAUAGUACUAAUUAUCCCCAUUGGCUUCUCAUUUUGGACGACCAGAAUAAUGCUCUCUAUUUCUUCUUGUUGGAAUCUUUGAUAUUAUUGGAACUACUUAGAAUAAGUUAUGAAUAAUGCUAUUUGUAAGCAGUAUUUACAAACAACAAUUUAUGUGGCAGUUGGGUCCCAUAGACUGCUUUUUGUAAGCAUUGCUUACCAAAAGCAUUAUUCUUAACUUAUGGACGUCAGACAGUGAACUACGACGAAGCAGAGUAAGAGCUUGCUAAAGAUUGAUGGCUCUAUGAAUUCUGGGGGCAACCCGCGUCAAAAUGCUUGUACUUUCAGGUAAGCCUUGAUAUUUUGAAUUCUGGGAAGCAUGCUUUAGUAGGCUUUUUGCCGAUGUAUCUGCUUAAAAUGGUAUUCGUGUUUUCAUUUUACGAACUGUAUUAUACACACACUUCAGACUUUUCCCUUGACAUGGCGAGCUAUGCUUUUAAAUAAAGUUAUGUAACAAAAUGUGUCUAAUGAAAUAAUGUGCAGAGGUUUCAUGUUGACUCUUUCCAAUUUCACUUGCUAUCUUAAUUGAAGAUUUUUGUAA